UAAUUUUUCAUCAACGGCUUUCAUAUUUCAGUAUUUAGUUAUUACGUUGCUUAAGAAGGGACCUAUUGUCGGCUAUAAAAUUUUCCAAUCGAUUUAUAACUCGUGAAAUAAUGGUACUAGAAUUUGUUUUUUUUUCAUUUGUUUGAGUGGUAUUCAAUAUUUGGCGCCAUAUUUAUCAUGUCACUGGUAAUUAGUAUUGAAUUUACAAUCUAUAGCGUUAUAUUUAUUUCAUCAGCAAUUUAUUCUGUUUGGAAUUUUUUUCAAACUUCUCACCUUCAUCUAUAUGAAAUUGAUCAAAGUGAUUUUCAAACUGACACAUGGUUUUCUCGGACAUAUGCCACCAGUCAUCCAUUGGAUGUUACUGAUUUAGAAUGGCAAUUCGCCAAACGAUAUUACAUUGGUACUGAAAUUCUAUACCUUCUUUGUCAUUCAAUUGGAUUUCUGAUUACUCGAUUAAUAUUUCCUCUGUAUUCACCUUUGUUCAUUAUUCUAUAUUCGUCAUUCAUUCUAUCCUAUCUAUUAUCGUUGAAAUUUCUAUCAUUGAUAUUCAUAAAUAUUGGCGCCAUUUUCAUUCUGGAACAUUUCAUUCGUUAUUUCGGCAGAAAUAUUGACCGUCGUUGGCUACGUAUUCCACAUUAUAUUAUUUUCUCAUUUUUAGUAGCUAUCGCUCAUCGAUUAGAGUUUGUUGCCGCCGAUCGUGAACAAAAUUUUCUCAUACAUGUCAGUUUCUCAUGGCUCAAUGCCAAACUAUUAAGCUGUUCGAUUGAUGCUUAUGAUGGUGAACAUUAUGAUGACCAAAAAAGGACUUGGCGUUUUACCCUGAUUCGAUUGGCCUAUCUUUUCUAUUUUCCCCCUUUCUUCUUCGGACCAAUUUAUAAUUUCGACGAUUUUUAUAAAUCAAUUGAAAACUUGACUACAAAUUCAAUCGGGUGGCCAUCAUCAACAAUCAUCAAGAUUAUUCAACUUUUUCGAUAUAUACUAUGGGCCUUAUUUUUGGAAAUUAUCUUACAUUUCAUCUAUUCAUCAUCAUUUCAAUAUUACAUCUAUAUUGUCGAUACGUUUGAUUCAUGGAGCUUAUGUGGCCUUGGUUAUUCAUUAAUGAUUUUAUUUUUUCUAAAAUAUUUUGUCAUCUACGGUAUUAGUAGACAAUUGGCCAUCAUUGAUGGUUUAGACAAUGUUAUUUCAUCCCCACCAGAAUGCAUUGGUCACAUACAUCAGACAUCUUAUUUGUGGCAUAAAUUCGAUCGUGGCCUCUAUCAGUUUCUCUUGAAAUAUUUCUACAAGCCUUUGAAUGGAUCACCAACGAGUAGCGUGUUGAGACGAAUCUUUUCAGCCAUCGUUUGUUUUACCAUUAUUGCCUUUUGGCAUGGACUGCAUGAUUCAAUCAUUGUUUGGGUUACGAUGAAUAUUCUUCUCACUUAUUGUGAUCGUAUAGUCGCCAUCGUUUUCAAAUCUAAUGAUGCUUUUCGUAUGAAAGCUUUAAUUGGGUCACCAUUGCUUGCAUUAGCAUACAUUUCAAACAUAUUUUUCCUGUCCAACUAUGAAAUCGGUUGGUUGUUUAUUUCGAAAAUUAUUCUUUGUUUUCCUUGGCCAUUAUUAACUGUUUUGUUCAUUUUUUACUGUGGCUGCUUUAUUUGCGAUCAAAUUAACUGCAAGAUGGCUAAAUAGAUCAAUAAAUUUAUUUUCAAUUAAGGAA